AUGUUAUAUUUCGUGAAAGUGUUGUUACUUAGUAUUGCUGUUACAACUUACUUCAUACCCGACGUAGAAACCUGUUUCCGAAAAUGCCCUGACUAUAUAAAUACUUUAAAAGGCAAUGAAAAUCGUGAAAGAUUCAUCACUUAUUUGUCGGAUUCAUUAAAAUUGCGGGAUUUGGCGCUUAUUGGCACGAGAUAUUCGGCAUCAUACAUAACAUAUAUUCCACGUUACAAGACACAAGAUCGACCAAUCGAUUUGCAGCUGAUUUCCGGUGUACGUGUGCUGGAUAGUGCUGUUUGGUCUUCAUCUGAUGAAUUCUACCUCUAUAAGUGGGCCAAGUAUUUGAUGACCUUCGAUGAAUUUCUUGGACCGAUAAAUUCCUUCCUUACUGCUAAUCCCGGAGAAUUCGUGAUAACACUGAUACACGAAGAGCAUAAACGGGGAGCUGAUGUCACUAAAAGCAACUGCGAAAUAGUUCGAUCUUACUGUUCCUUGAGCAACGGACAUCGAAUUGUAACCAAUUGGUCACUAGAGGACACUAUCGGACAGCAUCGUGGAAAAAUUCUACUCGCUGGGUUGGAUUCGUCAUUUGACGAUUGUGCGUUGAGCAUUGCUAGUAACUGCCAAGUGCAAGACACGGAGACGUCAGUUGAUAGUUCCUCGAAGAUUGAAGACAAGUGGAUUGACAUCCAGAAAUUUCACGACAGAAGUUAUCGGAAAGACAGUGGACAUUGUUUUGUUAAUUUCAUGGCUGAUAAACCGGAUACCAAUACUUGGAAAAUGGCGGUAAAAGGUGGCACUUCUACGAGAAAUGGAUGCGAAGCGCCGCUCAACGUCCGCAUGGCUAGUUACUUCAGUAACCCUCAUCGUGCGCUGAUUAUGGUCAUGGCAGAUUAUGUCACCCAAAAUUUAAUUGAUAGUAUUUUAAGUUCUAAUUUUAAAGGUGAUACAUUUUAUACUAUGUAUGUAAAUAAUUCAGACGUUAUUAAAAUAUCUUUCACGGUUUUUCCAUUAAGUAAAUACUUUUUGAUGGUUAAAGAGUAG